UUUCUAUUCCCCCGGUGCUCAGUACACAACGUCUUCGCGUUCUCUCGUUUUUUUUCCGUUAGGUUGACACAUCGAAACUGCUGCACGUCUUUUUGGAGCCAUGGGUACUUUAGAGCGCAUCGCAAGCAUCGAACUCGAAAUGAGUCGCACUCAAAAGCACAAAGGCAGUGAGCAUCAUUUGGGCCUUCUUAAAGCUCGUUUGGCCAAGUAUCGUAUCUAACACAUGGCUUGUUCGCACACGUAUUUCGUACGCGUGUUCUCUCGGCACAGCAACUAUGCAUGCGUCGACAAUUCUGUAAUAGCCCCUUUUUUUCUCACAAAUUUUGGCCCUAGGCUACGCAGCCAGCUUCUCGAGCCAACGAGUAAAAGCUCAAAGGAAGGGGAAGGGUUCCACGUCAAAAUGUCUGGCGAUGCGCGUGUCUGUAUUGUAGGCUUUCCUUCUGUGGGAAAGUCGACUAUGUUAUCGAGGCUGACAAGGACCCAGAGCACCGCUUCGGCUGCCGAAUUUACAACUUUGACAGCUAUUCCGGGAAAUUUGUACUAUAAAGAUGCGCGCAUUCAGCUCAUCGAUACACCGGGGAUUAUAGAAGGUGCAGCACAGGGAAAAGGAAAAGGAAGGCAAGUGAUUUCCAUCGCCAGAACGGCCAAUUUAUUGAUCAUCAUGCUGGAUCCCACACGUGAAGUUGCUCAGAAGAAAAUUAUCGAGCACGAGCUCAACUUUUAUGGCAUCCGCACUAAUACCGUGCCUCCGGAUAUUACAAUCAAUAAGAAGUCAACCGGGGUAAACAUCAAUUCCACUGUCCCGCUUACGCACAUGACUCAUGAUCUAGCGAAGCUGGUUUUGCAUGAAUACAAAAUUUACAACGCCGACGUCCUGUUUCGCUGCGAUGCAACAGUGGACGAGUUCAUCGAUGUCAUUGAAGGCAAAAGGGUCUACAUUCCCUGCAUUUAUCUUUACAACAAAAUUGACCGAAUUACGCUUGGAGAAGUUGAGAAGUUUGCUUCGCGCCCUCACACAGUCACGAUUUCUUGCGAGCUGGAUCUGAAUAUACCUUAUUUUGUUGAAUGCAUUUGGCAAUAUUUAAAAAUGAUCAGAUUGUACACCAAAAGAAAGGGGCGAGGCGCCAUCUCUUAAUAGUCCGUUGGUAUUGAAGUCCGGAGCAACUGUAACGGACGUCUGCAGGCUUAUUCAUCAGGAUAUGGUUGAACGGUUCAAAUAUGCUGUGGUUUGGGGAACAAGCGUUAAACACUAUCCUCAAAGAGUGAGCGCUGCUCACGUUCUUUCUGACGAAGACGUUAUUGAAAUUCACACUAUGUAGGCUUGUCACUAACUUUUUCUUAGAAUUUGAGAAUUUUUUUUGCACUACAUAUUUUUUUACUAUUGAAUGACUGUUGCUGGUUGGCAGUUUAGAGCGUUUUUUGCGGCGCGUUCAGUUGGCGCUGGUUUUCUGAAUUGAGAGGGGCUCUUGGGGUGUGUGUGUCGUGAUCUUGGCUGGUCGAGCGCGUCCUUCUCGAAGGGCGUGGACUGGCGUGAGGGAGUUUUUUCAGGGGAUUUGUGGGGGCGAGCCACGCUCAGAUAAAGACGUCCUUCUUGGAUCUUUAUUGUUCGAGAGGCCGAUAGAGGGCUCAAAGGGAGUUUGAAUCUUCGUCUG